UAAUUAUGUUUCCCCUUGCAGCCACAGACAAGGAUAUGCGAUGGGCGCGCGCAGAUCGCUUCCCCGCGAUUGGCACCUGCAUCGCCCCGUCAGCCUCGCCUGUAGCGAUGUGGGGAAGUCAGCCAGAGAUCGCUGGUAAAACAUUCUGUUGUGGCAAGAGAAACAGAGGUUGACCCCAGAGACCAAUAUCGGUUGUCUGUGUCGCGUGGAACAGCCCUAUCGCGCGUGCCAUAUAGUGCUCAGCUGUGAGGCAUGACGGCCACGAUGGGCUGGGCGACGGCGAGUGAGACACUGUGAGACUGUAAGACGGGCAUGACGGUCGGAUUCACGAGGCAGAUUGUGUAGCUUGGGAAACUUCACCUUACGUCGAGUGUUGGAAUCGGGCAUGUGGAUGGAAGGGUGGAAUGGAUAUAAAUAUGGCUUCCUGCCCCGAGAUAAUGGAGGCAUCAACAGCAUCAAUCUCCUCACACACACAACAAUCACCCCAAAACAACUUUCAAACCAACACAACCUCACUUCCUCCUUCAAAAAACCCAAAACCCAAACAUGAAGCUCAACAUCCUCCUCCUCGCCGCCGCCGCCGCAACCGGCGCCCUCGCCGCCCCAGCCGCCGACCAAUCCGCACCCGCCUCUAGCGGCCUCGAGCUCCAGGAGCGCGGCACAUGCUGGAACCGCAGCAGCUGCAGCUUUUCGUGGGCUGGCAAGUGCGAGGACUACUGCAAUCCUUGGAAGUUCGACAAUAUGCAGAAGACGGACUGUGGGUGGGGACGUAAGCGAUGCUGCUGUAAGAAGCAGAAGAGUUGA